AUGACGAUUGAACAAAAGUUAUUAUUGCGAUUAAUUGAUGAAGUGAUCAUAAGCGAAGAAUUAUCAACAUCUGAUUUAGCCAUUGUCCGACGCUUAAAGGAAAACUUAUUGACAUCAUCAGUUACGAACCUCAAAGACUGCCUUUGUAAAUUGCCACCAUCUAUUCAACACCGAGUUGGAGACUCAUUAAACGAAACUGUGAAUACUCUUUGUCUUUAUGUGGGUACGACUAAAAAUGAAUUAUACGACGUAAUUUCGAAUACAAUUUCGAAUGUUCAAUUGAAUCGUAAACAAUUGAAAGUCAAAGAUGAAAUGUUACAAAAAGAAGUAAAAAAUAUAAAUCAGCUUUACGCGAAGUUAUCAUCGCAAGUAAAGUCAUUUGUUGACAAUUUAAAAAUUACUGCUGCAAACGAGAUUCACACAAAAGAGAGUGAUUCAAUCAAACAACAAUGUAAUUUAAUAUUGAAACAAAUACAAUUGUGCCGCAUGGAACUAAUGAAAAUAACCUAUACUGAUGAAACUCGACAACACCUGGAUAAAAUUAGACAAAAUUAUGAACAAUAUCAAACAUAUUUUGAAAAUCAAAUCCAAUAUUAUGAAGAAAUCAAACACGUUAUCACUGAUCAAGGAACACAUUAUAAAACGUUGAUAGAUAAUUAUUAUGUUGAUCUAGUUUCCAAUAUACAGCAACAACAGCAACAGCAACAACAAUUUGUCUUGAUUCAACAGCAGCAGCAGCAACAACAACUUCGACCACCUACCAUUUACCUCACACAACAAACAUCGUCUCAACCAGUAAUCAUGCCAUUUGGUUCAUCGUCUCAAGCGAUGCAGUACACCUAUACACCACAACAAUACCAACAACAUCAACCAUCAUCCAUGAUGUUUUUUCCUCCUCAACAACAGCCGAAUCAAAUCUGGUCUUCUUCCAUCGUGCAAUCUGACAAUCCUUUUUUCCACUCAGUUCAUCAGCAGACUACAUCUGUUCCAUUGCAACCACCACAAAUUCAUCCUGGUGUUAAACGAAAAAGUAGUUGUUUAGAAGAACAAGAACAGUCGCUUGGUGAACAAAAGCAACAAUUUCCAUCACUAAUGAGUUUAUCAACUCAACAACAAUCAAAAUCGAUGCUAUCACUGCCACCCCCUCCCCCACCGGUACCACAUAGUUUAUUACCAUCACAAAUGAGACAGCCUAUAAAUAAUCACGGUCCAACAAGAUGGCAUUCUAGCAACAGUAAUCAAACAUUUCAGUUAGAAUCAAAACAGCAUAAAAUAUUUCAAAAACAUCAAAUGAUAUGUAUUGAUUCCAUUUUAAAAGAACCUGGACGAUCUCAACGACCAUCUCAAAUUGUUAUUUUUCUUCGAGGUUUACCUGGUGCUGGUAAAUCAUACGUUAGUGAUCUUAUCAAGGCAGAAGAAGAGAAGCAUGGUGCGUCAAAACCAAAAAUUUUUUCAUUAGACAAUUAUUUCCUUACCGAAAAUGAAAAAGAAAGCAAAGAUGUGAAAACUGGAAAAAUUAUAAAAACAAAUGUAAUGGAAUAUGAAUAUGAUGAACAAAUGGAAGAAACAUAUCGGAAAAGCAUGAUCAAAACGUUUAAGAAAACUGUGGAUGAUCGAUUUUUUCCAUUUUUAAUUGUCGAUCAAAAUAAUGAUGAAAUUCGUCAUUUUCGAGAGAUGGUCGAUUAUGCUGAAAUGCAUCAAUUUCAGGUUUACUUUAUUGAAUUACACAAUGAUCCGGUAUCAUGCGCCAAUCGAAAUAUACAUAAUCGAACACUGACAGAUAUUCAAGCAAUUCAUAAAUGUUGGGAAGUAUUACCAUUGCGUUAUAAUAUACUGGAUAUUCGAUCAUUUUUACAGGAUGAUGCUAUCGAAGAAAUUGAAAUGGGUGAUGCUGUUGCAGAAGAAACGAAAGAAAGUGAUAAUAGCAAUAAUGGAGAUGAUGAUAAUAAUAUUUCGACAAUGGAAAAUGUCUCAGACGAUGAUAAUUCCGAGUACCGUCUUGAUGGACUUCGAACAAGGAGUGUUCAUCGAUCAAAUUCGCCAUCGGUGUCGUCGGCAGAUGGGUUGAACGAAAUAGAAUCAGGUGAUAGUAUCGAGUCUCUUGUCGAAGGACAAUCAAUACGUUCUCCUACAUCAUCUGGCAAAAAACGAGUACGAUGGGCUGAUAUUGAAGAAAAAACAUUGCAUACUAGAAAACGAGCAAUAGGUUUCGUGGUCGGACAAACUGUAGAAGAUUGGAAACGAAUGAGUGAUGAUUAUGAUCCCAGUCAAAAACUAAACCAAUACAAAUACAUCUAG